GAAAAUGUGCAAUACUUCCUCUUCUUUGUCGUCCCUAUCGUCGCGUCUGUGGUGGUGAUUCCUUACGUGGUGAAUCCCACCACCUCGGAGCAUUUCCACAAGAACUUCAAGGUGGUGGUCCUCUCCAGAUCGUUCUGCAAAAUCAAUCCUUCGGCAUGUUCUGUCUAUCUCGAAUCCAAUCAGGAUUGGCUCGCUGUGAGGCGAUUCGAGUACUUUGAGCUAAUCCACGUUCGACACAAGUUCAUAGCGAUGUUGGAAAAGGUAGUUGUGGAUGGCAUCUGUUGGGUGACACCAACCGGAUUGUUGGCACGAAUGGUUCAGAUGGUGCUGGGAGUACGCGUAAAGGAGGACGAGUUCGUGGUUAUCUGGCACGAAUCUGUAGAGUUCAUGUUUGCGGUCACCUUUUCGGUGAUAUUCAAAACGGUAAGAGGUAUGGUGGUGUCGAGAGUGCUGGCGUUCUUCAUAUUGGGAAUGAUCAUAACGGUAGGAGAGUCGUGGGGACGAUUGAUACCGCCAUUGGGAAAUUUAUUUGAAUCU